AAGUGGCAGCUCAGGGUUGUGUAGACAUCAGUCUGAAGCGCAGCUCUGCUGGAGGACACCCUCUCCCUCAGCCCUCCGCGUGUCUGCCUCUAAUAACAAACGCGUUUCCAACACCCCCCCCACAAAAAAACGAGAAAGCACCAGCUCAGAACCGGAUCACCGACAGCAAAGAAGUGAUGGAUGAAAGAAUACCGCAUUUACAGGACCGGCAGUUCAUGGAGCACACGGAUUUCUUGGGGGUGGAUUACCCCCCGCUCUACAUGUGCAAGUCUAAACGUGGAAUAAAACGAGAGGAUGGUGGCAAGGACGCAUACAAGUUGCCACACCGGUUGAUAGAAAAGAAAAGGAGAGACAGAAUCAACGAAUGUAUUGGUCAGCUGAAGGAUUUGUUACCCGAACAUCUGAAGCUCUCGACUCUCGGACAUUUGGAGAAAGCUGUUGUCCUAGAAUUAACGUUGAAACAUUUAAACGCGCUGACUGCCGUCACCGAGCAGCAGCACCAGAAGAUUAUUGCUUUGCAGAAUGGAGACCGGUCGAUGAAAUCUCCCAUCCACGCCGACCUGGACGCCUUCCACUCGGGCUUCCAGGCGUGCGCCAAGGAGGUGCUGCAGUACCUGGGCCAGUCGGAGCAGUGGCCGGCCCGGGAGCAGCGCUGCGCGCAGCUGCUCGGCCACCUGCACAAGGUGCUGGCGCAGCUCCAGCAGCAGCCGCCCGCCGCGGGGGACGCGCACGACCCCCACAAGGGCCACGACGGCCUGCAGGCCAACUGCGUCCCCGUCAUCCAGAGGACCCUGCAGGCGGGAGAGCUGAACGAGAACGACACGGACACGGACAGUGGAUACGGUGGAGAAGCCGACAAGAGCGACGGCAAAGACAAAGACUGCAGCGAGCGCACCAACAAGGCGCAGGGAUGCCCCAAUAAUAAUAAGCCACUGAAGAUCAAACAAGAGUUUGGAGAUGAUCGAUCUGCAAAAAAACCAAAGUUGAGCUCAUGGUCUGGGAAGGCGGUCGGGACUGGGAGCGCAGACCCGAGCACCAGGCCCGAUCUGGCGUUUGUGAACUCUCUGAUGGGAAUAAACGGUGUCGGACAGCAGCAGACGCCUAUUUGCAUGCCUUUCUACUUCAUCAACCCGUCGGCCGCGGCGUCUUAUAUGCCCUUUUUCGACAAAAGCAACAUGGACAAGUAUAUGUACCCCGCGGCGGCUGCAGCUCUGGCGUCCCCGUUCCCGUGGCUUUACCCAGCGCAGGCGUCCGUCUCUGCGGCCGCGGCCGCGGCGGCUGCUGCAGCCGCUUUCCCCGGCCUGUCCGUGCACCUGGGAGCCUCCUCUCAGUCCCAAGACUCUGCCGACGAGGAGGAGGAUGGAUCACCCGAAGACUGCCCGAGUGACGAGGGAGAGGCUGACGCAUCAGCAGGGGACUCGUCCAGGGAGAGCAACAAUCUCCCCCAUCACGACCAGUUCUCUGCCUGUCAGACCAGCUCAUGAGUCUGCAGCCUACCUCUCUCUGCACUCUAGUGAAGAGUUCAUGUUUCAUUUUAUAAAACUAUAGGCUAGUUUCAAAUCCGGGUUUCAGAGGAGAGUUUCUCAUGUACAUCUUGGUGAAACAGGGGACAGUUGUGACUGCGACUGUGUGCCUUUUGCACUUAUGCUCGGUUAAACAAAUCUGACUAUAUCGACAAUGAUUGACACUUCACGGCUGCGUUGCACUGGAGUUAUUUUAUUUUAUUUUAUUUUUUUAAUCCUGUUUGAUAAAAUAUUUUAACACGGCAGCAUUGGUGCCAAAACUUUGAAUACCACGAUAUCCCCAAAUCAAAGAUUCUCCUGAGAAGUUGCAACAUGACCUCUGCCCUCUGAGUGAACCUGGAGGACUCUGACUGUAAAUAAAACCUUGAAGUUAGUCUGAUUUCAUUGACGUGUACGUGUACACUGAAUGGGCCUAGAGAAGAAGUGCUGGAAGUAUAGUGUCUCAUUACCUCAUCUUCGAUUCUGUGUGGGUAUAAGCUGAUCGGGAGGCUGCGAGGAGAGCUGAUGGGUACCCACCUGCCAACAUCUCCAUCCCCCCCAAAAAAAUAAUAAAAGUAAU